UUACAAUUGACAUAAUUAGGCAAUAUGGUAAAUAUUCCAAUAGAUAUUCCGUAUCCCUACAAUUUAUCUGUAACUCGUCUUAUCUAAUGAUCUCAUUAUGUAAAUGAGCGCCUCUCAGUGUCAGUGGUCAGGGUGGUUAACAGGGCCGUGCAUUGCUAGUAACAGGAAGACUAUGGUACAGACCAGUAAGUUUCCACACACAAACUCAUCUUCCUGUGAGAUUCUUACAUACUCUGCAGCCUCCUCCUCAUCAGCUCCUCUGAGAACUACAAGACAACAUGGCUGCUCCCUGGAGCCUUGUGAUCCUCCUAUUCCUAGCAGCCAGAGGUUCACCUGGGACCUUCAGCGACACCCGCUCAACCACUGUAGACCCUGGUUUUCCUAGAAAUGCCAGCACUAAUGACCCCGAAGUUAAGAAAGCAAUGAGGCUAACUGUUUAUGCCUUUAAUAACAUGUCCAAUGAUGUCUAUCUCUCUAAAGAGUUAGAAAUACAGAAAGCCAUGAUACAGGUUGUUAAAGGAAUUAAAUAUAUGUUACUGGCAAAAUUGGCAAGAACGGUUUGUAAAAAGAACACAGAAUAUAUUUUGGAUCAGUGUGAAUUUCAAAAAGAGCCUUUGAAAAAAGUGUUCACAUGCUAUUCCGAGGUAUGGAAGAUCAGCUGGUUGCACUUCGAAAAAGUGUCUGUCCUAGAGUGCAGUCAGGCUCCAGCUAGACCAAGAACUCAAGACCACAGACAGCUGCUUUAGCAACUUCUAUCUGCUGUUUGAAGACCAGCUCAGUUGAAGAAAUAAAAAAUAAUAAUAAAUACUAUCUAAAAAAUGUAUGUCUACAUCCCACACUUAGGGUACUUUCACACUUGCGGCAGAGGAUUCCGGCAGGCAGUACCG